GGAUCAUCUGAGGUCAGGUGUUUGAGACCAGCCUGGUCAACAUGGUGAAACCCCGUCUCUACUAAAAAUACAAAAAUUAGCUGGGCGUGGUGGCGGGCGCCUGUAAUCCCAGCUACUCGGGAGGCUGAGGCAGGAGAAUUGCUUGAAUCCAGGAGGCAGAGGUUGCAUUGAGCUGAGAUUGUGCCACUACACUCCAGCCUGGGUGACAGAGCAAGACUCCAUCUCAAAAAAAAAAAAAACAAAAAAAAACAAAACCUGUAGUUUUGUACAAGAUGAGACUUAGCCUUGGGUACUUCUUGCUGAAGCUUUAAUGCUUUGUAAAUAAAAUCGGAUGUUUAUUAAAGAACAGGUGUAGAUGUUUAUUUGUAAACACUGCUCACUUCUGGAACUCUCUGGCCACUUUGCUUUAGUACAAAGGAAAAUGUGAUUUCCUGUGUUGAUACUAGAUCUUUCGGUGUGGAAAGAUAGAUCUGGAAGGGGUAGGGAGUGGACAGGUAGUCUAGAUUUCUGCCUCUAGAUGAGAUUGUAAAUAAAUGAUGCAAGUGGAAAAGUUGUUGAUCAAAAAGAUCAUCUAGGAAUGAUCUGUCUUCCAAUUAUUUAACUCGGUAUAGUUUUGUAAUUACUCUGAAGAGGCCGUAGGGCUAGGCAUUCUGGAGGUUACAAAAAUGCAUGCUAGGAAGUUCCUGCCUUCCAAGGAUCUUUCUUCAAGUCUAAAGGUGGAUUUAAAGUCAUUAAGAGAACACGAAAACGACCAGCGCAGUGGCUCACGCCUGUAAUCCCAGCACUUUGGGGGGCUGAGGUGGGUGAAUUGCUUGAGCCCAGGAGUUGGAGACAAGCCUCGACAACACGGUGAAACCCCGUAUCUACAAAAAAUAGAAAAAUUAGCCAGGUGUGAUAGCCUGCACCUGUAGUCCCAGCUACCUAGGAGGCUGAGGUGGCAGGAUCACUUGAGCCUAGGAGGUUGAGGCUGCAGUGAGCUGGGAUCAUGUCACUGCACUCCAGCCUGGGUUGACAGAGGCCCUGCCUCAAAAAAAAAAAAAAAAAAAAAAAAAAAAAAAAAAAAAAAAAAAAAAAAAGCACGAAGACUGGUAAGGUGGUUAUUUUAUUAACAACGAUAGAUAGUAAAGCAACACCAUUGUGAUUUUUUUCCUGCCUUGUGGCCUCACCUGUUUAUAAGGACUGGACUUUUAUUAAGUUGUGUUGUUUUAUUGACAAUACAUGCAUCAUAUCUUUUGACUUUGAAGGAUAUCUCAUGUCAAAGGAAUCAAGUUAUGAUUUGUAGAGGAUUCAGCUGGCAUAACUUGUGGGUGCUGGCUGAGGGUGGCAAAAUGCCUACCGAGACAUGAAGGUUUUGGCCACUAGUUUUGUCCUUGGGAGCCUGGGGUUGGCCUUCUACCUGCCUUUGGUGGUGACUACACCUAAAACACUGGCCAUCCCUGAGAAGCUGCAAGAAGCUGUGGGGAAGGUUAUCAUCAAUGCCACAACCUGUACUGUCACCUGUGGCCUUGGCUAUAAGGAGGAGACCGUCUGUGAGGUGGGCCCUGAUGGAGUGAGAAGGAAAUGUCAGACUCAGCGCUUAGAAUGUCUGACCAACUGGAUCUGUGGGAUGCUCCAUUUCACCAUUCUCAUUGGCAAGGAAUUUGAGCUUAGCUGUCUGAGUUCAGACAUCCUGGAGAUUGGACAGGAAGCUUUCCGGUUCACCUGGAGACUUGCUCGAGGUAUCAUCUCCACUGACGAUGAGGUCUUCAAACCCUUCCGAGCCAACUCCCACUUUGUGAAGUUUAAAUAUGCUCAGGAGUAUGACUCUGGGACAUACCGAUGUGAUGUGCAGCUGUUAAAAAACUUGAGACUUGUCAAGAGGCUCUAUUUUGGGCUGAGGGUCCUUCCUCCUAACUUGGUGAACCUGAAUUUCCAUCAGUCACUUACUGAGGAUCAGAAGUUAAUAGAUGAGGGAUUGGAAGUUAAUCUGGACAGCUACUCCAAGCCUCACCCAAAGUGGAAAAAGAAAGUGGCGUCAGCCUUGGGAAUAGGAAUUGCCAGUGGAGUGGUUGGUGGCGUGUUGGUGAGGAUUGUCCUCUGUGUGCUGAGGGGGGGCCUGCAGCAGUGACAGCCUCGAGAACUUAACAGCUUUCCUCCUGAAGGACUGGCUGCCCAGGAAGCCAAGCUAGCUUUUUAGGGGAGUGUUCCAGCUGCUGGUAGUGGAUCAGCUUAGAGGGAAGGCUCCCACAGCCAAAAGAAUGAGUGGGAGAAAUGGAGGGGACAACCUCCUGGGAGCUAUGGGCAGUAAUGUAACUUCCUUAUGUCCCAUGGAUCUCUUCCUGAUCUUCCCUGCCCAUUGGGUACCCAAGAAACUGCAAGCAUUGGCCUUUGUUCCUGGGAAGAGUUCUAAGAAGCUUGCAUUCAUUUUCUACCCUUUAUAACUUGGAUGCCUCCCCACCUCCAUUUCCCCUCUUCUGAGCUGUGUAUUCAUGUAGAGGGAUGUAUUCAGCCUUUCUAAUGAACACUUUUUUUUCAAUAAAAGUAAUUCACAGUA